GAUUUUGGUUGUCUUUCAUUUAUAGGAGACAAAAAAGAACAAUGGGGUUCCUGCUAGUCGGUCACAGGUGUGGAUGGCCGCAUACAUUAAAGAUGGGACGUCAAAUAGUGAUUCAGUUAAUGAGGUUAUGACUCAAAUGAAUGAGUUAACAAAGCACAUGAAGGGAUCUUCUACUGACCCUGCAGCAUUACAGGAGCAAAUCUUCACACAAGUUAUGGGCCCAGAGCGACCUGGCCAUGUUUGGACGUUUGGAUUGGGACCGUCACCCACUGAUGUUUUUGGAGGUGGAUAUAGGCGAUCACAAGAGCAGAGUCGUCUCUUCCAAACUCAAGUUCAGGAACAAGUUCAAGAGCAACUUCAACAGUAUCAAAUGCAGUUCGAGUCGAAGAUGAAUGAAGUAAUGGAGAAACAAAUUCAGGCUAUACGCACAGAUUUUCAGUCAUGA